ACAAAAACAAUCCGCCCGUGCGUCCAUCUUGAAUACAGUAAGCAAACGGUGACUGACAGCAACGGAGAGGGAAAUUGCCAUAAAUUGAGUUCAGACCGCCCUUUAAAGUCAAGCGACCGCGACAAACCGGCCAUUACAGACCGAAGGAUUACAUUUAGCGACGUUAUAGAUCAAUUCCGUGUAAUUUUUGGCGUCAUAUUCCCGAAUGGGCUGAUGAAGUUAUUUCGGAGGUUGUUCGUGCUUAGCUUUAUACAACUGUCGACAUUUGUUAGUUUUAAAGGACUGUUUGUUUGAACUACCUACCGUGGUUAUUCCUUAGACGUUUUUGAUGUUGUUCAUUGCAGCUGCGAGGCAAUAAAAUCCUGUAGGGAAUGUGGAUGUAGCACGUUUGGCCACAUUUAAGUCCUUCACUGUCAACUUAAGCUUGCGCGGAGCUCGUGCGUGCGGCGAAUAGUGCGCGUGACCCCGUUUAUUUCACUUUAUUUAUGAUCUGCCGUAGUACGUUAAUAUAUAUACCGCAUAUAUAUUAAUGCAAGUAAUGGUUAUGUGUAAACGGCGUUUGGGUUGUGUUGAUUUCAUUUUUAGAUCCGUAAAUGUGGAAGCAUUUCUUAGUCUGCCUUAGACUUCUUAUGCAUUGCUCUGAUUGAAAUAUUUGAUCCGUUGCAUAAAUAACAAUACAUCUAAACAUUUUAUGGCAGGUUUCAUGCAUAUGCUGGCCAGUCGUGUUGAUCAUUGGGGAUGGGAGCUGGCCCACUUACUGAAAGAGCUUAUUGAACGGUCUCGUGUAUUCUGAGCGCGCGAUCGCGCAACAUUUUAUAGAUACAGUAUUCUUACGCAUUGCCAUUCACUCGUUAUUGAUAUGGGCUUUAAGGCGGACUGCGUGGAUAGUCAAAAAUCCUAUCUCUAAAUCAAACUCACACCAGUGGACACUUUGAUGCUGUUUUUUCAAUCACUGAACCUGAGGACUAUAAACUGGCCUUGGAUUUGUGCAUUGGCAUAUAUCUCUGAAUCUUUGACAUGGAUGUGUUUCACUGACUGUCGAUCAAUAGUGUUUUGAAAAAAACGUUGAUGCAAAGACUCUUGGAUUUUCUGGCAAACGGCAGUAGAUUGAAAAAAUGGGACCUGCAACAAAGCUGGCAUUUGGAGUGUUCCUCAUCUCUUGCUCCUCAGGUGCCAUUCUCGGCCGCUCAGAAACACAAGAGUGUGUGUUCUACAACUACAACCCCAGCCUGGAGAACCGAGGGAACCGGAGCAGCAUUGAGUCAUGUGUAGGAGAGAAAGACAAGAGACUUCAUUGCUUCGCAACUUGGAGAAAUGUGUCAGGAUCGGUUGAAAUAGUAAAGCAAGGCUGCUGGCUUGAUGAUGUCAACUGCUAUGACAGCACCGAGUGUGUGGAGAAAAAGGAGGAACCAGAUGUGUUUUUCUGCUGCUGUGAAGGCAACAUGUGCAACGAGAAGUUCUUCUACAACCCCAACCCACCAAUUGUGUGUAAUGAUGCCGUCAGCAACACAAACAGCAAAGUCUUUAAGGCAACAUCUAACCCCUUUACCCAGAAGCCUCCACUGUUCAGCACCCUCCUCUACUCUAUUGUACCCAUCAUGGCCAUCGCUGCCAUCGUUCUUCUCUCCUUCUGGAUGUAUCGACAUCACAAGCUGGCAUAUCCACCUGUCCUGGUUCCCACACAGCACGCCUUUCAUAUAAUGAUAGAGGACCCUGGACCCAUGCCACCGUCUCCCACCUUGGUCCAGAAGCCUCUGCAGUUGUUGGAAAUCAAAGCUAGGGGGCGAUUUGGCUGUGUGUGGAAGGCUCAGCUGCUCAGUGACUAUGUGGCAGUGAAGAUCUUUCCUAUUCAGGACAAACUAUCUUGGCAGAAUGAGUAUGACAUUUACAAUCUUCCCGGGAUGAGGCAUGAGAACGUUUUGCAUUUCAUCGGGGCCGAGAAGAGAGGAAGCAACCUGGACCUUGAGCUGUGGCUCAUCACUGCUUACCACGAGAAGGGCUCUCUGACAGACUACCUGAAGGCAAAUGUAGUAACAUGGAAUGAACUGUGUCACAUUGCUCAAACCAUGGCCCGAGGUCUGGCUUACCUGCACGCUGACAUCCCAGGACACAGAGAUGGACAUAAGGCGGCCAUUGCACACAGGGAUAUUAAAAGCAAGAAUGUGCUGCUAAAGACAAACUUGACAGCCUGUAUAGCUGACUUUGGUCUGGCUCUGAGGUUCGAGGCAGGGAAGUCAGCAGGGGACACGCAUGGUCAGGUAGGAACCAGGCGUUACAUGGCCCCAGAGGUGCUUGAAGGGGCCAUCAACUUUCAGCGAGAUGCUUUCCUCAGGAUAGACAUGUAUGCAGUGGGACUGGUGCUAUGGGAGCUGGCGGCCCGCUGCACUGCGUCUGAUGGUCCGGUUGACGAAUACAUGCUGCCUUUUGAGGAAGAGGUGGGCCAGCAUCCCACACUAGAGGACAUGCAGGAGGUGGUGGUCCACAAAAAGCUUCGGCCCACCCUCAGGGAGUGCUGGCAGAAACAUCCGGGUCUGGCCAUGCUGUGCGAGACCAUAGAGGAGUGUUGGGACCACGAGGCGGAGGCGCGUCUCUCGGCAGGUUGCGUCGAGGAGCGUGUGGUCCAGAUGCAGCGGCAGACCAGCGUCUCAGCUCCGGAAGAAAUAGUCACCGUCGUAACCAUGGUGACCAACGUGGACUAUCCCCCUAAGGAAUCCAGUCUAUGACUAGAGGAAUUCAGCAUGUGAAUUGCAAGCUGACCGAACAGAAAAGACACGUCUGGGAUUUUUGACAUGCUAGCUUCAGACAUGCUGGGUGAUUCCUUUACUUACAGCCGGAGCGGCGAUGAAUUCUGCGUCGAAUCCGGGUUCAACACAGAUUUGCUUGGAGCCAGCUGUGUUAGUGUAUGUGUGUGUGUGUAAAUAAAAACUACAUCGAUAGAGCACUCCGGUGAAGACGGACGGAUUAUAUUUCUGACACGAGGACCCUCGCAUUAUGAACGAAACCGUUUGUUUGUUCGUCUGCCUGGAGAAUAAACUUGAAAGGAUGAAAUCGGACUCCACGACUUUUCAGCGGGGCAAAGUCCUUGUAAAAACAAAGACAAAAAAGACACAUUUUUGAUGUGUUUGUAUGAAUGACUAUUGUAACGCCAAUAAGAAACAGCUUCUUGAAUGUGUAGUGUGACGCUGCUGUACAGAUAUCAACAGAAAGGGUGAUGAUAAACCCAAAUCAACACGUGUUUCCUCUGAAAGCUUCUCAGAGUUUCUGUCUGAUAACCACCAACCUCUUGACAAGGUAUACCUCAGUUUCUCAUCCUAAUAAUAAGUUUGUUUUGUAACACUAUAUGAUAUAAAACGAGGCUUUUCGAUGACCUCCGUUUGGCACGAAAGCUUUUUCAAUACCGUAAAAACAUUUUUAUAUGACAGAUUAUGCCAAGAACCGAUGGCCAUUCAUCAACCAGUGUUCUGCCUUCUUUGAGUUCUUCUUGCGUUGCCCUGCUGUUCAUAAGUUGAUAUUUUGUUUCAGCAUUGCGACCGUUUGUUUGAAUCAGUUUCAACGAGACCUGAUGAGAAGAAAAAAAUCCCUGAAAAUAUGAAUUUUGUGAAAAUAAUACAGAAGCACUUAUCAGUAUCAUUUUGCAGUGUCCUCACAGCAUUGACGUAUGUGCAUGCCUUGUGUUUUCUUUUCCUUUAACUGUUUACUUUUUUUAACCUUAUCACAUGCAUGAAAUCUCGUCAUAAAAUCCCCUUUAUUUGAGUUACUCUUUGUUUUUAUUUCUUUUUCCUCGUGGAAUCAUCCGGUCCUGAUCUACGAUCGCUGUCUCCUUUUUUCACGCAAGAUAUCUUCGAGCCCCAGCUUCCUCAUAAAGCCCAACAUGGUUUCACUAAACCGUUUCAGAUCAGCGCCAGGCGAUCACUAUAUCUCAGUAUGUCUCAGGAAGCAUUUCCCUUUGCUUUGAGCCCUCCGGUGCCAUUCUGGUGAUCCUUGUUGUAUUAUGUAUGCAAGGGCCCUUGAUAUACGGUAACACCUUAUUAGUGCGGUCAUAUUACGUGCAAUAACAUCAUAAGCAGGGACUGUUUCACAGCUCAAAGGCCACUUCCGGUGUGGUCAUAUACGAGCGCCUAGCAGAUCGCUUAAAGACCAUAAACGUGUAGAUCAUGAACUUAGGUCAAUGUCAGGCUUGUGACACUGCUAUGCAUAUGUUAUGGCGCCCAGUUGUCUGAGAGUAUUAUAUUAAAAAUACGCUGUUAUGGGGACCGGACACAUGCAGUGAGUCUUUCUAAUAAACCGCUUCUCUUUUGCUGCUUCUGGGCUUUGUUCAUGCCGCACAUAAAUGCGAUUCGUUUUUUUAGAUUCAGUCGUUUUGAUCAGAAAGUGAGGUCGGUCGGUAUCCAGUAAAUCGUUUGUUUUAAUGCCGGCUGCAGGAAUAACAGGAGUAGCUGUUAUUGUGGAAAAUUUGAAGACUUAAACAGGAUUCAGUGGCUCAUUUUGGUUGUGCGUUCAUGAUACCGCAUGCAUGUAAUGCAUCCGACAGCGUUCAGGUCCAUACAACCGUAUGCAAUCAAACUCUUUCAAUGAAAACUCUUUACUGUAGCAUUUUCAGCCAGCUCAUACUUCAUCUGACUGCUGCGGUGGUACCGCCCCUGGUGCAAAGACCGUCAGGAUUGUAAAGGGCAUGUGCCAUGUUGCAAGAGCGAGAGAGCCUCCUUGCGUUUUUGUGAAACAUAACCAACCUGUACCGCGUCGACUUGGUUAAACAAACUACGUAGAGUUGUGGUUUAUUUGCAGAUGGGGUUAAGAUUGAUCACGUGCUCUUAAACAUCCUGGUCUGAGAGCGUAUCUUCACGUUCAGGUUCUUUGAGUUGUACUUACUGACUAUAAUAAACACUACAGAAGAUUCACUAAGCUUGAGCGAUUGCUGCUGCCUGUAGAGUGUUUUAUCCAGGUGCUGUUCUUUUCCCAUCAGUUGUUUUAGUCUGUUUUUGUUAUUAGUUCUUAGUCAAUCCGAUUUAAAGGAAGUGUGUUGGAACAAUCUCCCCUCGGAUGAGCAGCCAAACUUAUAAGCCCCCGUUCAGCAAAAGACUCUAUUGCAAAUGCACCAUAUUGUACAUAUGAAUGUUGUUUUAGAUUGUGAAAAGAGCAUGAGUUUUUUUUUAUUGUCUUAAAGAAAAAUACUUUAUUGAUAUUAUUAUUAUUAUUAUUAUUAAACAAAUAUUUUAAUGUUUAUUUUGUACAACUGUAUUUUAGUUUUAUUAAUUUAUGUCAUGGCCCAACUUUUAUUUUCUGUUCUGGAUAAAUGAGACGUGAUGCUUUCACUAUUUAUAAAACACUAAACAAAAAGUCCUUUACCUCUGACUUUCACUCACAGCGUUCAGAAGAUUGAACAAACGGUGUAGCACGACAGACAACAUGGUGCGACGAUGCAAGUAUUGCUUCUGCGAUUCAACCAGCUUCUUUUCUCUCAGACACUUUUGGGUCUUCGAUGACAGCAGCACUGCUUUUCUAUUACAGCAAUGAGUGAAUGUCUCUACCCAGACUCUGCGUUUUGGCGCGAGCAGCAGCUGUAUUAUGGUUGUGCUGGACAUGCCAGUUUUGUCCAGUCUCUUGAGUAUUUAAUGCAUUCAGGGCCUGAUCGGACGUAAUUGUUACAUAAUGUACAGAUGAAAUUUUAUGCUACUACUCCCUUCAAAUAAAGUAUAGUGACUGCUCUCAGA